UUUUUAAUUUGGUAGGAAAAUUAGAUAAGGUAAACAAGAAAGACAAAGUUCAAUGCAACCAACUCCACUGCGUCUAUAUUAAUUAUUCAUUAUAAUUCGGUAUCUGGACGUGUAAGAAGAAAAAUCAAGAAUGUUGUGUCUUCGAAAUGCCAAGCGCAGAUUCGCUUUAAGUAAAUGUUUUACAACUUUACAAAGACGCGUUAAUGGAGACGAGAAGAAAGAUAACUUCGUGUCGGUCUUCCCUGAAGUUCUCGAUAUCCUAACCAAUUCCUCUGUGUAUUCGAAUGUGCCAAAAUUUUCGAAUCAUUUUGCCGAAGUGAUGGAGUUCAACGUGCUGAAGGAAAAAAGGUUCAGACCGAGCAUCAUAAUGGAUACCUACACGACGCUGGAGGCGUCUGAGAAUUUAACCGAAGAAAACUUGCAUUUGGCGAAGAUUUUGGCAUGGUGCGUAGAACUGUUACACACAUCCAUAAUAAUCAACGAUGACUUGAUGGACAGCUCACAAACGCGCGCUAACGAAAUAACAUGGUACAGAAAAAAGGGGGUUGGGUUGAACGCCGUAAACGACGCAACCUUAGUAUUGGAGGGGGCAUUUGUACUUUUGAAGAAAUAUUUUUCAAAUUGUAAAGCUUAUUUGCCACUGUCCGACCUAUUUCGAUACAUAAACAUGAUGGCCGCGGUGGGACAAGCGCUGGACUGGAAGAGCAACAUUAACGGGAACGCAGUCUUUGCACCCUUCACUAUGGACAAAUACAAGACGACGAUUGGUUACAAGGGCAGCAUACCCUUCGUGGAAGGACCGUUUCGAGCUGCUUUAAUACUGUCUGAUAAUGGAAGCGAAAGUACGCUACGCGAAGUUCGUGACGUGGUAAUGAAAUUGGGUGAAGCUUUUCAGAUUGAUAAUGAUGUUUUGGACAUAUUCGAAAAUGGAAAGGUUAGGAAACAGAUUGGCAACGAUAUUAGUGAAGGCAAAUGCACGUGGUUAGCGGUUCAAGUGUUGCAAAAUGGAAAUGAGGAGCAGCGACGGAUAUUUAAAAACAAUUAUGGGCGAAUUGGUGAUGAAUUUGAAGAAAAGAUUGUUGCUGUUUACAAAGAGAUGAACUUAUUCGAGAAGUACCUUGCUUACAGGGAUGAAACGUUAGCUUAUAUUCAUGAACGCACAAGGAAAAUGACACCUUCACUAAGGAACGCCAGCAUAAGUCUAGUGGAGAAUAUAUUUCCAUUGUGAUAAGAACCAUAUCAUGCAAAUCAUACCUACGUAUGGAAGAUAUAUUAAAUAAUUAGGGGAUGUAAAAGGUAAAACGUAUAUGCGUAAUUGAAUUUCGUCUUAUUUUCUUGUUACCUUGAAUAUCAGUUUCUCGAUACAGUUUGAUAAAUAAACAUUUUUGAUUUUA